GGCUUCUGUCAUCAACAUCGCACGUGACUUCAACAUCUCUAAACAGGGCGUUCAGCUCGCCGUUGUCGAGUUCAGCAGCCAUGUUGGUGACGUUAUCCACCUGAACAGGCACUCGGACUUGGCCUCCCUGAGCAGCGCCAUUGCCAGAAUCCAGAAGACCGGACAGACCACAAACACAGCGGCCGCUAUUGAUGUUGUGACGUCAUCAAUAUUCACGGCCAGUGAAGGCGCCCGUGCUAACGCGAAGAGAGUGACCGUCCUGCUGACCGAUGGUGCUUCAGGCGAUCGUCCUGCGACCGUUGCUGCCGCUCAGAAGGCCAAAGACAAAGGUGUGAUCAUGUUCACCGUUGGGGUAGGCAGUGUUAACGAGGAGGAACUCAACAACGUCGCCAGGAAACCCAGUUGCACCCACUUCUACAAACUCAACAGCUUCGGGGAGAUCGACCACCUGGUGUAUGACAUCAAGAAGCGGUCGUGUACAGCCCCUAAAGUUAUAUCAGCAACAUCCGAUGAUGACACGCCCUCCUCCGUGACCACGCCCCUCAGCAUUGACCCAGUGAGGAACACCUACGUUCUACAUCCAAACAAUUCCGUCUCGGAGUCGGGAACGGAGAAAGUUAUUAAAACUGAUGUAGAAUGUGGUAUCCUGAAUGUAUACGCCUCCUAUGACACGCCCAACCCUGGCCCAGCGUUCUACAGCGUCACGUCGCAGGUGGUGGACGGGCGACCUUCCAUCAUGAAGGUCAACACUAAGGAAGGGAGACCACUCUUUGUGACCGUCAUUGGCACCAAGCUUCAGGAGUCUUGCUCCGAUAUCUUGAAGUGCCGGGAUGCCAAGUUCUCCCUUAGUGUAGAAGAUGCCCUGUAA